GGACGGACUUCAAUCAAACGUCAGUUCUCAAAAACAAUCCCAGUCCCAACUAAACACACACUUAAUUAUUUAAUAAGCCGAAAUUAUUUGAGUACAAAAUUUUGUGGACGCCAUGAGUUUCCAGAAGCAGCUGGAUGACUUCAACCGGAAGCUGGACAUAACUCCAUGGUAUUUGGGCACUUCGACGCUACAGGAGGAGACCAUAACAAAAAUGCAUGAGACUCUGCGCGAUGACUUCGAACAAGCAACGGGCUCCAAUAUGUACCGUGCUCUGGUUGUUCUAGGGAUCAAUCCUGUGAUAUCCCCGAGGCAGAUUAGGCGGUUGGUCCAACUCAGCAGAAACAAUAUACUGGCCUUCCUCUUCUUCGUCCUCGAAGGCUACUACAAGACCUGCCGCCCCAAGGGAAGCACAGUCUAUAGCGUCAAUGAGCAGCUGCUGAUGGUAGCCAUUUGCAGGAUCGAUCUUCUGCCCACUCUUCAUGCUCUGGACGAAAUUCUACCGCCACGAAAGCUCUCUUCGCUGGAGAUCAAACGGCUGAACCGAGCCGAGAGACUGAAGUUCCAGGUUAAUGGGACCCCGUCGCCAAUCGCCGCAGAAGCUCCCACAAAGAAGCGCUCGAAAAAGUCGCCCUACUGCCAGAGGCAGCCCAGGCCUGUCCAGCGGAUCUCGAAUUUGACCACGCAGAUACCCGAUUUUGUGGUGGAAUUUAGUUUCUGGCCUAGAAAUGCUCCGCCCAAUUACGGCAAGGAGCGGGAGGAGCCCUGGUUUGCCCACUAUCGCCUUAAUCCUGGCAAGCGUUUGAUCAAGAAGACCCUGUCCGAGACGCUGGAGCGUUACUUCAACGUCGAGGGCGGCCAUAAGGACAAAGACGACGAGGAUGGAACGAAGCGUAGCGAGUCGGAGGCCAUUCUAUGCCUAGUCCACAAGGAACAGGUGGAGAAAGCGCAGCUACUGAGAGAUGAGCUGGCUGUCAAAGCCAGGGAUCGGUGCCUGGAACUCUUGGACGUAACGCAGCCGUACACCAAACUACGGCAGAACAGGAUCGUGGCCCAGCUGGAGCACGACAUCGAUCUGAUCAUGGAUCGCCAUCGUCGGGCGAUGCAAUGCGACCAGACCAAGGUUCUCACCAUUAAGAGCGCGGACUGCGUUCUGUGCCAGCAGAUGUUGGUAUCACAGCCAUGGCCAGAGCCCAAUGACCAGGUGGGACGAGCCCUGGUCGGUGAGGAUUGUAGCAUGGCCCACACGGCUGUUCUGGAUACCUAUCGUGGGAGGAGACUGGAGGGAGGCGGCGGCAAGAAAACAGAUAAAAAAGGUAAAAAGGAAAAGAAAGGAAAAAGUGAAAAGCCCGAACCUUCAGAGGAGCCCCCGAAAGAGGAACCCAAGAAAAAGGUACCGGCAAUAAAGCCACCGCCUCGCAAACUCCACAACGAUCCAUUCCGCAUAUUGGAAAUCGACUUCAAGGAAAAGCUGAAGAAAUGCCUACCGCAUAAGAAUGUUUCAGAAUGCGAGGCUCCGCCGGCACCCAAAAAGUCGGCCGUAUCCUUCGCCCUGGCCAUGGGGAAAAUCCGUAGAAAGGGGCCAAACUGUGAGAUAAAACAACAGGUGAAAAAAGUUGUCAAAAAGAAGUUCUUCCGGGCAUCCAUAUCAAACAAGCCCUAUCACUUCAAGUACCAUCGGAUCUUCCAGUCCGGCCAGCCGAGGCCCUUCGACCUCAAGCGAAUGGUGACCAAGUCGUUUGAGAAGGCGCUAAAGAAAACGGAUCCCGAGGAUCCGAAUGAGGCAUUCAAUAGCACUCAACCAGUGUCAGAGAUGCAAUUGGGGGACAAGAUGCCAUCAGCAGACGAACCCCAAACGGAGCUAGUGCCGAAACCGGAAAUCCAUGAAACUCUAAACGAUGAUCUCUUCGCUGAGGAAAAGACCGACCGGGACAGCCGCGACACCCUGGAUCGUUCCAGCAACCACAGUAGGCGCAGUCACAUUGAUCACAAGGCCCAGAUCGUGGAGGCGGUGCUGCAGUGUGCCAACACCAUUUGGCAGAAGCAGGAGGCGAUAAAGCGGGCCGAAAUCGAGCAUGAGGAGCGGUUCACCAAGCGGGGGGCGCUCCAGCACGAGGACAAAGAACCAAACUUCGAUCCAGACAACGCCGAACAGAUGAAUCAAUUGCUUAAAGACGGCCUCCGGAUUCUGAGUCGGAAUCCGCGCUAUGUGCUGGCUAGUCUGCCCGAUUGCCACAAGCUGCCCAUCAUGCGGGAGUGGGUCAAGCGGCGGUAUGGCAAGACCUACAGCCAAAAGGAGCUGGAGACGAACAUCAGAGAGUCGAGUAGAAUCUUUGAGCUGGUCACCUCGGUUCAAGGCAAUUUGCCAAGUCCCAAUCUCCAGGGCCUGGAUCGGUUAUCCAGAUCCCAGGAGAACUUUAACUAUCACGAGCAGGUCAUGAAGACGGCCGCCGACGUCAAGAGCGACUAUCAUAACCGACUGAACGAACGAUAUAUGAGUAGCAUAAGCUCCGCCUGGUAUGCCAUGGGCAACUAUCUGGUAUCGGGCGGUCCUCCGCGCAGGACCUUCUACGCGUACAUGGCCUCCAAUCCGAACGAGAUAAUGAGAGCGAAAACUUGGAAUGGAGAUUUCCGAAACUAUCGCCAGAUGAGGGAUAGACGCAAGAACCCAUCAGAGAAAUAAUAAGAGAUAGACCAGGCGUGCCGUGGAUGACAUGCAGCCAGUUUCUGGAGCUUGAAUGGUAGAUUCUGUCUAGGUCCUCGGCCAGCUUGGUUAAGCACAGCUCAAUCCACAAUUGGGGUUAGCCGGCUGGCAAACAAAUUCAGUUAAUUAUGCAAACCAGAAAUACAUUUUCAUAAAUAUUA